GUUGUGCCCACUCGAGUAUCCCAUAUGGCUAGAUAUAUAUAAUUUAGGAUCAUAAAUAUACAAUCCCUACCCUCCUCCGAACAGACACGUGGAUCCAACAACAUUUAUCACAGUCUGUUGUGCUUGGUAAAAUCCAGCAGGGCACUGAGGUUUCAGCGGAGCAGCAAUGCUGGUGUAAUGCCUGUGACACCCAGCUGUUAUUCGGACUGACAACAGGCAGAUAUCUGGCAGACUAAUGGCAGAUGGGGCUCGAAUCUGAGCUCCAUGGAGAUAAACUAUGCCCCCUCAGGAGGGAAGGGGAUGGAGAGGAGGAGAUAGAAAACGAAAGGGGUCAAAUGUUUUCCAGCUUGGUGGAACAACAGUUUGGAAUGUAUCUGACUGAACACAUCCUGGUUAUUUCAGGGCAUUUGUAUCAUUAUCAUAGCAGGAGAAAAAGGGGGUGCCUAUUAAGUGGUGAGAAUGUAAACAGAGCAAACCAGCAAUGCGGUAAAAGCCAGAUGAAAAAUUCUACAGGGCCAGGCUUUACUAUAUGUAUAUAUCAUCACAGGCAUCAUUGGAAAUGACAUCUCUCCCCCAAGAAUCAUUUUAUUUAAAAAUCACUUUUAGCUGAAUCUAAAGAGAGAACACAUGCAUGUCCCGGUAAGUGGUUGUAAAGUAAAAUAAUUGUGGCAGUAAUGUUGUUUUAUGGUUUCCACUGUGAAUCUCCAGCCCUCUUAAUAAUCAAUUUAGCAUUAGAUAGGGUUUUAUGACUGUCAUGGACAUUAGGGACGUUAUUGUGUUACACUAUUGUGGAAGAGUGCAUGUGCUUCUGUUGCCAUCCAGGGUCCGUCCACAGGAUCAUGUCUGCCCUCUCAUGGCUAAAAAAGGUAAUAACACACAUGAUAUUCACCAGAAUGAGGAUUAAUCCAGCAGCUGUGGAAGGAUUCAAAUGAUGGUUGUCGGUGGCUCCUAAAUAAAGACUGCAGCGGCCAUCAUUGAUUCUCUCACAUCAUCAACAUAUUUUGAAUACAAAUAGUCCAGUAAAAUAAUUUCAGAUUAAUAUAGCUGCUGCAAUAACUUGUGUGUGGCAUUUUACUGCUGUUGACAUUUCAAGUUGAGCUCAUUGUGACUACUUUGUAUACUGUUGGCUAGUUUUUAUAGAGUUUAUUUUAUUUAAGAAGAAGGAGAAUCAGCCUAUAAAGGAUCACUUCAACAUUUGAGUUAUCACAAACACUCAAAAUCAACACAUCUGGGGAUAUUUGGUUUCGAAUGGACAGGAAGAGGAUGAACAAUUGCAAUCUGAAUAAUAACUACAGCUGUCAGACAAAUGUAGUGGGGUAAAAUGUACUAUAUCUGCCUCUGAGAUGUAGAAUAGAAGUAUAAAGUUGCAUGAAAUGAAAUUGAAAGUAAAGCAAAGUGAAAAUGUGUACUUCAACACAUAAUAUGUAGCUGUGAGUUGCCGCUAAGGGGGCUCUCUUUCAAAACGAAAGACUAUGAAGACGUUUGCUGAGGAGGAGAGCUCCUCAGACUUAUUUUUAAACGUCUGGGAUUCAAAAUACUGAAUUGUCUUCACUCAGGUGUUUAUGUUCUGUAAUGGUAACUGCUGACUGGCGCUUUGGGGGAAAUGUUCCCUCUUCAUGAACAUGACGUAACUGGAGUCUCUGUGAGUGCUGAGUUGAGUCAGAGGUUGUCCUGAUUUAAAAAAACUUAUCUGACUUGACUCAAAUGUUCACAGACUGUAGUAUGUAACGUUUUAGUUCUAUUCAUGUUGUGUUUUGUCUCUUUUGCCAACUUCCUUCUUCGCUCGCUGACUCUAUCCUAGAAGUUUCUAGAACAAAUUAAACCCUUGGGUGGUUUUCUCUGGGUUUGACGUGGUUGGAAACAUUCGGGAUAAUACACAUGUUACUCAUGCCCUCUUGGCUGGCGCCGUCCUGCUCUGUAGGAGGAUCCCAUACUGUCCCGGUGUUGAAGCAGAGCAGGUAGACUCACAGGAAGAGGGGAAACAUGUAUUUUAUGGCUCUGCUUUGUCUGCUGUUACUGCGGCCUGGCUUCGCUGCUCUAAUGACUUCUCCAUUGGAAGAGCUUUCCCAUCACUCCGCCAGUCGGAAAGACACAGUUUCCUCCUCUGGUUGUUCUCCUGACGCCUCAGUGAGUGGACGGCUGCGUCGAUCGGCUUUGAUGCCUGAUAUCACACAUCUGGAGCUACUGGUGGUGGUAGGGCCGGAUGUCCAGCAGGUCCACAAGCAGGAUACAGAACGAUAUAUCCUCACCAACCUCAACAUUGCCUCAGAGCUGCUGAGAGACAUGACCCUGGGAGCCAACAUGAGGGUGCACCUGGUCCGCAUGAUCAUCCUGUCAGAGCCAGAGCCAGAGAUCCAAAUGUCAUCCGACAUUACUUCAUGUCUCAGAAGUGUGUGUGACUGGGGCAGAAGGAUAAACCCCUCGAAUGAUACAGACCCACUACACGCUGAUCUCCUGUUGUACAUUACAAGGUACGACCUGGAGUUGCCUGAUGGGAAUAAGCAGGUCAGGGGAGUAGCACAGCUGGGUGGGGCCUGUUCAAGUGAAUGGAGCUGUGUGAUCACAGAGGACACGGGCUUUGACCUGGGGAUCACCAUCGCUCAUGAAAUCGGCCACAGUUUUGGAAUAAACCAUGAUGGACUGGGAAACACCUGCAGCAGGAGUGGCUUCAUUAUGGCCUCUGAUGGAGGCUACAACAGUGUGGAUCUGACCUGGUCCCAGUGCAGCAGACAGCAGCUGCUCACAUUCUUCAGUGAAGGUAAAGCUGAAUGUGUCAAAGACCUUCCUGCACUGGGAGGUUCCCUACAGAACUGGAAGCCUGGCUUAUAUUACGGAGUUGACGACCAGUGCCGGAUAGCUUUUGGAAGCUCUGCAAGAGCCUGCUCUUUUACCAACCCUGACCUGCCAGCUUGUCGUGCUCUGUCCUGUCACAUUAACCCCGAUGAUGACAGCUCCUGCAAACGCCUCCUGGUUCCACUGCUGGAUGGGACAGAGUGUGCACCUAAUCAGUGGUGUCUGAAGGGCCGCUGUGUCUCCCUGGAUGAGCUCAGCUCCUCUGUAGUGGUGCACGGCUCCUGGUCCAGCUGGUCAUCGUUCUCCCCCUGCUCACGGACAUGUGGUGGGGGAGUCACUCAUCGCACAAGGAAAUGCAAUAACCCAGGACCUGCUUUUGGGGGGAAUGACUGUGAGGGGCCAGAUAUCGAGGCUGAACUUUGUCACCAGCAGUCCUGUGAGCGCACCCAGCUGGAUUUCAUGGCAGAACAGUGUUCCCAAACAGACCUCCACCCACUCUACCUGAUACCAAACACUGCCUCCUUCUACACCUGGAUCCCUGCUGUCGGCUUUGCACGAGGCGAUGAGCAGUGCAGAUACAUGUGCCAGUCAGAUGGAGAAAACUUCAUAGUGAGUCGUGGCUCUCAGUUUGUGGACGGGACUCGCUGUGAGUCAGACAGCCCACCUCCCUUUGGCUCCACAGCUGCUUGUCUAAGAGGGAGAUGUCAGCUGUUUGGCUGUGACGGCGUGCUGCACUCUGGGAAAGUGAGGGACGUGUGUGGGGUGUGCGGUGGCGACGGAUCGUCCUGCAGUUUGACCUCUGACUCCUACACUGGCGGUCAGGCAAGAGAGUACACCACCUUCCUCUCUCUGCCAGUAAACGCCACACAGGUUCAUAUUGUCAACAGGGCUCCUCUCUUCACUCACAUGGCUGUGACAGUUGGAGACGGGUACAUUGUGUCUGGGGGGGGCAGCAUGGCGCUGAAUAUGACCCACCCCUCCCCACUGGAUGAUAACCGCCUAGAGUACCACCUCCACAUGACCCCUGACCUUCUGCCUGAGAUGGAGGAGCUGCUGCUGCCCGGACCACUGCAGGAGGAGAUAAACAUACAGGUCUAUCGCAAAUAUGGAAAAGAAUACGGAGAGAAAACAAAUCCAAACAUCAGUUACCAGUUCUAUGUACCUACCAGAAACAGUGUCUUGACAGACAUCACACCAAAAGGCAAAUGGGCCGUCUUAACAGCACCCUGCUCUGUCUCCUGUGGAUCAGGCAUACAGAAGCACGUGUACAUCUGUGUAGGUGAAGGAACCAACAACCAUUUGGAGGAGCACAACUGCGAAACACCUCCUCCACCCACACCACCCCUCACAACCUGUCAGCUCCCCCCCUGUCCCCCCAGGUGGGAUGCAGGGACGUUUGGGCCUUGUAGCGCCUCUUGUGGCGGAGGAGAGAGAAUGCGCCCUGUAAGAUGUGUCCAGAAACACAGGGCUGACGUGGUAAAGGUCCCAGAUUCUGAAUGCCCUGCUGAUACACCUCCGAGCACUGUGGAGAAAUGUAACCUGCAGCCCUGUCCUGCCAGAUGGCGUGUGUCAGAGCCAGGGGAAUGUUCAGCUGUGUGCGGGCCAGGGGAAGCCAAACGCAGCGUCUCAUGUGUGCGGCCAGAAGACGGUCAGGAUGUUGAAGUGGAUCAAAGCCUGUGCUCAAAGCAGAUCAAACCACCUGGUUCUGUUCCCUGUGUGGUCGAUGUUUGUCCCAUUGGCUGGGAGUCUAAGGCAGAGGAACAGCCCGUGUUGAAGCCUGGUUUGUUGCCGCGCUCCAGACAGACCCCUGUGUACGUCUGGAGCCCCGUCAUCAGCCAGUGCUCGAAGUCCUGCGGGAAUGGAACCCUGCAGGUGUGGUUCUCCUGUGUGGACCACCGGACCAGACUGGAGGUGCCCGACGUCCACUGUGACGCUUCAACCAAACCUCCACCUCACUCUGAGACCUGCAACACAUCCCCCUGCCCUCCCAUGUGGCACUCUAAGCAAGGAGUCUGCAGUGUAACGUGUGGAGGAGGGGUGGCCAACAGGGUGCUGUACUGUGCUAGAGAAACAGAGGGGGAGGAGGAGGUGGUGGAGGACUCUGAGUGCAGAGACUUUCCAGAACCCACAGCAGUGGUUUCAUGUAACACCCACAGCUGCCCAGCGAGGUGGAGGGUAUUCAGCACGUCACCCUGCUCGGUGUCCUGUGAUCUGGGUGUAGCUCAGAGGGCUGUGUCGUGUGUCCAGUUCGUCCAUGGUAAGGAGAGUGUGGUGUCAGAGGAAAACUGCCGUGCAGCUGUCAAACCAGCCACCACAGUGCCCUGCCUGGUGCAGGUGUGCACCUUUAGGUGGGAGGUGAAGCCAUGGAGCCAGUGUUCAGUCCCCUGUGGAUAUGGGAUCCAGUCCAGAACUGUGUCCUGCAUGGGCCCCUCAAAGCCGGAGCCCCUCAGCCCCCUGCUCUGUAUGCACCUGCCCAAACCCAUCACCAUCCAGGGCUGCAACAUGGGCGGCUGCAGGGAGGACGGACCUGUCACGUCUCCCACUCCAAGCCACACAGAUACACCGCCGCACCGCAUGGGCCAUCCCUCUCCUCCAAGUGCUACAGAGGCCGUCACCAUCCCACACACCACAACAACCAUUCCAACACCUAAACCCGGUGCAUGUGGGCAGCUGCUUGUGAACGAAUCAGGCACGGUGGACCUGAAAGAUGUAACCGGCCGCUGCACGGUAUCCAUAGGCCGACCCCUGGAUGAAGUCAUUCAUAUCAAAGUGGAGUCUGGCUCCUUGAACUGCAGAAAAAAGGAGUUUGCUGCAUUUUUUGACCGGCUGGCUUUCGUGAGGAAGUGCGAGCAGGUAGCAGGAAGUGAACUGACCACCAGAACCAACGUGUUGCUGGUGCGUCAACACCUGCUCACCCCCGGAAACGGCGUUGUGCUGACCUACAGUUCAAAGAAGAACGCGAAGAAGAGUCACCAUCAGGAUUGUGACAUUCAGCUGUUUUCCCCAAGAGGUGUCUUUGAGAAUCCAACAACAUCCAGCACUAACCACACCUGUCGAGUCCUCAUCAACGCCCCUCCCUCAGUGAAGAUUAGAAUCCAAGCGCUGCACAUAGGAUUAGUAUUCAACUCUACCAACUCCCAGUCCACAUACAUUAUGGUGUGGACAAGCAUUUUAACACUGCUUGUUCUUUCUGUACGCUGCACAUUUAAUAGGAAGAGCAGGCCGGUAACUGCCGCACUGUUUUGUCUUCUUCAGAUUCGGGACAUGGAUGUCUUAAAGACCAACGUGUUUAAAGGCCAGCAGCUGUUUCUGUGGCACUCCUCUGGAAAUAUGGCAGAGAUUGAAUUUCAUGGAGACUACCUGCAUUCCAAACGGAGUUUCAGAGCUGAAUAUUCCUUCACACGUCUUUGAUAUUAAAUAUUAACCAUUUUAAAGGGUAACUCAAUUUAAAAACAAAGUGUGUUUUCAGGUCUUGUGGAGUCCUACUGCAUAUGUGAACAAAAGUAGCAGAAAGCUUCAUGUGGCUCCACAGGAGACUCAUGUGAUCUGAUAAAUUAUCUCCAGUGAUGUCACUCAAGCUGCAUCGUGAGUAAUGUAGGCAGCAGGUUUUGAAAAGCAGGCCGCUGUUCAAAACCAAUACAGCAUUUCACGUCUCGCUAAAAACAUAUUCAUUCACCCGACUGGGCGUGGUUUUUCAGCAUCAAGAUGAGCAAGAACUACAUAGUUGUAUGGAUCUUGCAAAUAAGUGCACGAAAAGAGAAACGGAAAAAUAAAAGCCCGGUUGAGCACAUCAAAGUAGCGUCCAUGUUUUAGCCCAGUUUCUCUGUAUUUUUCUUCUUUGCCUCUUGCCAUUUGCAACUAUUUAGCAGGAAUAUUCUCAGUUAGAAGUGGAUAUAUUAGAGGGAAUGUUCUCAUAAGAAGCUGCUUAAUCUGAGAGGCAUUUCCUUUCACACAGGCUCAGAACAUCCAAGCUUGUUGGCAGCCGGCUGCAGUUUUUGCAGCGUGGUCAAGUGCAGCUUCUUGGCCGAGACAUGGGAGAUCUGAGGCGACAAAACAGUCGGGCCCUGAAGUAAAAUAGUUCUCUGAUGUCGGUCUGGCGUGUCAGGCCAACGGAACCACCUAGUUAAAC